GUUUCUGCAGGCUUAGUUUUACCGCGGUUGGAGUCGCCUUCAGAGGAUUUACGGGAAUCAUCUACUUGAGUAAGAAGAUAGGUAGCUGAGGUUCCUAAGAUAUCUGUGAUUGGGGAUUCAUGUUUGAAUCAUGACCGAGACAGCCUUGUUAAGCGCUAAGAAGAAUCAUGGGCCAUAUGAUAUUCGACUCAGUCGCUGGAAAGUUCACCGUGAUUGAAAGGUGCCUGUGUUUCCUCUUUGUCUCGCAGCAUGGAUACGGUCAUGCAUCUCAACCACUAACCUAGGCAUGGUUUGUGGCUAUGCCCAUGCAUGAUGUUCUCCGUUCCACGAGCCAUGUCCAAAGCGUGCAGAUGCUCCGUUCGUGUCUUUUCGCUGGCAAUUUCCAGGCGUCCGGUUCUAUGUUUUAUUAUCUUCUUGAUUUCUGUAUUCUCUGCUACUAUUCUUUUCUUAUUUUCUCUUCUCAUAGGUUGGAAUGAUACACGAGAGCAGAUUAUGUCAUAGUGCCUGCAGAAACUCCGCCACACUGACCGUGGCGGACGUGGCAGGUGACAGCCGCUCCAGUGAGGCGCAGCAAUCGGUCAUCACCGAAGGAGCGACAAGGAUAAAUUUCUCCCCGGUCAAUAUCCACACCGUGGCAAUUUCAAUGGUGUUGAAAGUUGUGAUGUGUCGUGUCGCAUUGCGUCUCUACGGAGUUGACCAGGCUGACGACGCGUGGAGCCUUGUCUACCGACCUGCUGACAGAGCCGGCGUCAACCGACGAUAUUCUCGGAAAUCGAUCAACUCGCGAAUCUGCCAUCCACCCAUUCAACCAACCUUUGUCUUCUCCCGUCUCCAUCCCCGAGAGUACACUACAUGCGCUGCAUGUAUCAACAUGUGUUGCCGGGCGCAUAUGGAGUCUUUCUCCCAUGUAUCACCUGAUCAUAGGCAUAGGCUGCCAUAUUUCUGUUGGUUCGGCUUGUCGCUGGUGGGGCGCCGCACGGCAGUCGAUGGCAUGUUGGACGUGCAGUCGUGCAGUGACUUUGCAAGAGAUCCCCAGUCUUUUUCAACCGAGCUGGGUCGCUAACUGUUCUAAAUAUGCCUCGUGUGGCCAGGUCACGGGAUACACUGGCCUUGCUUACCUCAGAUUCGUGUUAUCCACCAUGCUUACACCCCCAUGUUAUAUACACAGCGCUGGGACCUUAUUGUGCUAGGAGAGUAUAAAAGCCCUAAGUCAACAAGUUCGAGUUGCGUUCAAAUGGCUAUCCGCUUCUAGAAAGUCCAGAGAUGACCAUCGACGAGGCUCAGUCCAAUCGCAGAUCGUAACAGGGAUCUCAGCUGUAGCGCUCGACCGGGCUCUCUGAUCGGCGGGCGAAUACCAGGCCAGGACAGCCUUUUGUUCAGCUUCCCAAGAGCAUUUUAGCUCCAUCUUCCGACUCCUCCAUGAUUCAUCAGCUGCGACUCACCUCUCGCAUGGUUAUGAACUGAAGUACGAGUCAAUCAGUCGUUUCACUUUGAGUCUGUCUCAUGGCCUAUCCAAAAUCUGUCUGGACGAACUAAUGCCGCCCAGGGGACGCUCUUCAACUGAUAGACUGUCUAGAACGGACAAUAUUGCCUGUAUAAUAGCAAGAGCAAAC